AUGCCGGCUCUCGAGGUCCCCGAGUCCGGGUUGUCUCUCUGCCGAGACAACCACGGCAAUGAUGCUACCACCAAGCCCGUUCAGAUUAUGCGGCUGAAUCUAGCUCAGGAUACUCUUGAUGAGCUGAUCCAGAGCCUCCGGAACGAUCAGACUGCUCGAGUUCGUCUGGGGAAACAUGCGACUCUCUACUACGGCUCCAAAUCCCAACAAUUCCAUCCCCUCCCCGAGACGUGUCGAUCAGAGCUAUAUAGCGGCAGCUCUACGGACAAGGAAAACCUAUAUUUCAGCGGGGUGUUGAGCCAUAGCUUGGAGGUCCAGAAGGCGAAGGAGGAUACCGCGAGUGCCGAUAAGGCAUUGGCCGAUUUGGAGCAAAGCCUGAAUGCCUUUGAAAGAGGAAAAGAGUCGAAGAAGACCGCUAUAAUCACAAGCCUUGAUGAAGUGAGGGCUUUGCGGGCAGGCGACAGACAUGGCACUGGAAAACAGACUGCUCGUCUGGGUCGUGCUCCGGCAAGCAAGGUGGAGCUGGAAAAGGAUCGACUGCUUAAUGCCAAUCGCUCCGUUUCCUCGAGCCCGGCUCUGGGAGUUGCUCGAUCACCUGCAUCUAUACCUCCGCUUACACCUACCUCCGCUCCGCUUUCUCAAAACAAAGAUCGCAUUCGCCUUGAAGCUCUCAAAGUCCCCUUCAUUCACCUUCUCGCCGUCCGGGCAGUUUCCGCCAAAUUCCUCGCGCGACAAACCCGCGCGUCCCUCGAAGACUGCGAGACUCUGGCUCGGAAAUACGGCAUCGAAAACCGAAUCAAUCCGGAGAAGUUCGAUCUCAAAGAUAAGACCUAUCGGGAGCUUGAUGUGUGGAAAUUUCCCUAUCCCUCCCAGGAAGAUCGGCAGGAGGCAAUUGAGAAUGCCAUCUCUGCAUUCGAUCGCCUGCGAAUUUCCCGGUCCGACAAGCUCUGGCAGAUGCUUCUUCCCAAGGAAGAACGCGGAAAGGGCAAGUGCUUAUCGCGCCUGGACUUGCGGACGGGCCCCAUCAAGAAAGCUGCGACACCUCGGAUACAAGUACAAACAUCUGAUGACAAUAGCAAGGACGGUUACACUACGGGUCAGGAGACCGACAAGGCUAGUGGGAAUGGUCUAACACCAAGGACGGGUGAGCCGACGUCAGCUCCCAGAUCUGGGACGGUCGCGCAGAAGAAACGGCCCGGCGACAAGGAUACCGGUGCGAAACGGACUGCCGCAAAGACCAAGGUUGCGGGUAACAGUACCUUGACGGGACGCGUCACCAAGAAGGCGGAGCGGAAGACGACCGCGAAACAACCAGAGGGCAAGUUCAAGUCGGCGGAAUUCGUUCAUGACUCGGAUGAGGACGACACCGACCUGCCAGAUGCAUCGUCAACUGAGAAGCCACAGCCUGCAAAGGCAAAGGCUGAACCUAAGCCGCAGACUAAACUGCAGAAGCCCAGCCCUCCCAGGGAACCCUCUCAUGCGCCUACCCCGAAGGUGGAGCAACCAGAAGCUACACCUAAAUCGGAGCCGAUCGACCAAGCGUCACAUCGGCCUAUGGCAGCAAAGAGGCCUCCUUCCUCGCGACCUCCUGCGCAAAAGUCCCCUCAGAAGUCCCCUCAAAAACCGUCGCCCCUCGGGUCCUCGCCCCCCACCAACGCCUCUGAUAUCCAAAAUCGCAGUCGUUCUUCAAGCCAAAACAAUUCUUCAAGUUCCUCGUCAUCAUCGCCCCUCAUAACCCAGGUCAACAAGCCCAGGCCUGUUGCGAGCGCCCCCACUGUGAGAAAAGUGGUCAAGACCAACGGUGUAUCCAGACCAGCUACCGUGACCAAUCCCCUGAAGCGCAAGGCGGAACUUGAGCGGCCUGCAGCGCUAGCUCAAGUUCCCGGACGUAUUGCGGGGGAUCUGGAACACAAACGGCGGCGAGCCGUGAGCACGUCCAGUGGCAGUACUGGGAGCGCCUCGCCGCCCCUCCGCCGCGAAAUUACCAUCCAGGAGUUGCACGACAAGUCCAAGAAGUUCAAGCGGUUCUACGCCAAGUACCACGCCUUACAUGACGCACUGGCCUCUCAACAAAAUCCGUCGCGAGCCGACUUGGAGAAGCUCCAGAGGCAGCACACUAGUCUGCGGCGGAUGAAGGAGGAGAUAUGGGCCGAACAUCAGCAGCUCCGAGGUGGGCUCUAA